AUGUCUUCAGAAACAAUUUUUGGAUUUCCAAAAUAUCCUAAAUUUGAUAUAUCUUCUCAAAGAUUUCCUCAAGAUACAUUUUUUGGAAGGUAUUUACAUUAUUUAGAUGUUAUUGAUCCAAGAACACUUUUAACAUCAGAUGAAAAAUUAAAAAAAUGUAAAAAAUUGUUGGAUGAUUAUAAACUUGGUUUGACAAAAAAUGUUAAUGAUAAAGAAUUAUGGGAAGCUAAAAAAGUAUGUAAUGCUAUAUUACAUCCAGAUACUGGUGAAAAAAUUUUUUCACCAUUUCGUAUGGCUGGAUAUGUUCCAUAUGGUUGGAUAACAGUUACAGGUAUGUUAUUACCAAAUCCAACAUGGCCACAAAUAAUUUUUUGGCAAUGGAUGAAUCAAAGUCAUAAUGCUGCUGUUAAUUAUGCCAAUAGAAAUUCAACAAAUCCACAACCAACUUCUGUUUAUAUAAAAGCUUAUACAGUUGCUGUAUCAACAGCUGUAGGUAUUUCAACAGCAUUAACAUAUGCUAUAAAAAAAUCAAAUAAUUUGGAUCCUAUUAAAAAAUUAAUCAUUCAACGUUUUGUACCAUUACCAGCAUGUUCAUUAGCUAGUACAUUUAAUAUAUUAGCAAUGAGAUUACCUGAAAUUGAAUCUGGUAUAGAUGUUUAUGAUAAAAAUGGUAAAGUUAUUGGAACAUCUAAAAUUGCUGCUAAAAGAGCUGUUUUUGAAACAGCUAGUACUAGAGCAUUUUUACCUAUACCAUUAUUAUUAGCUCCACCAUGUAUAAUGCCUUUUAUUGAAAAAUAUAAAUUUAUGAGAAAUAAAAGAAUAAAUCUUUUUGUUAAUGCAAUUGUUUGUACAUUAAGUUUUGCAGCCUCAUUACCAGUUGCAUUAGCAUUAUUUCCUCAAGAAAGUAAAAUAAAUACUAUUGAUUUAGAAGAUGAAAUAAGAAAAAAUACAACUUCAGACAUUUUAUAUUAUAAUAAAGGAAUUGCUUGUGGAAAUAUAAUAAAUAAAUAUGUAUUAAAUGAUUAUCCUUAUCCAUUAUCAGUUGCAAUGAAUAGUUUAUUAAAUUCUAUGUUAUAUUCUAGCUUAUUAGUUUAUGUAUCUAAAACAUCUUCAAAUUUAUUAAAACAUAGAUCAUUUAGUUAUACAUUACGAUGGUUAUUACCUUUUGCUUUUGGUAAAGCAAUGGCUGUUGUUAGUACAUAUUUUGGAUUAUUAAAAGUCUCAAUAUCAUAUGCUCAAACAGUUAAAUGUACAAUGCCUAUAUUUACAGUAAUUAUUGCAAGAAUUUUUUUAAAUGAAAAACAAUCAAAAAGAAUAUAUUUAUCAUUAUUUCCAAUUAUUGCUGGUGUUAUAUUAUGUACAUGUACAGAAAUAAAUUUUGAUGAAUUUGGUUUAAUAGCAUCAUUAACAUCAACAUCAUUAUAUUCUUUUAUGAAUGUUUUAGCUAAAAAGAUUCUUGAAGAUACAAGUAUAAAUCCAUUACAAUUAUUAUCUUUAAAUUCAAAAAUGGCAUUUUGUUUAUGUUUCCCUUUAUGGUUUUAUAAUGAAGGAAUAUUAUUUUUGUCUGAUAAUGAAGAACAAAUAGAUUAUAUACCACCAGAUACUCAAUUUGUUUUGUUGUUACUUGGAUCCGGAUUUAUAUCAUUUAUUCAAAAUUUUUGUGCUUUUACAUUAAUUCAUCACUUGACAGCAUUAAGUUAUUCAAUUGCAAAUACUUCAAAACGAAUGACAUUAUCAAUAUCUGGUGUUGCUUUGUAUAAUAGGUUAAAGCAUGUACAAGGAAAAAGAAACAAUAAAUAUCUUAAAUUACAGUCAGAAUAUGAUGAGAAUUUCCCAAAUGGAUUAACGGGUGAAUUAAAAUAA